AUGUAUAAUUUCUUUAAAACUAUAGAUUAAUUUGGAAUUGAAUAAAAACUCUCUAUCCCUUCAAUAAAUCCCACUCAAAGAAGUGCAAUAGGAGGAAUGGCCACAUUGACAUUAUAUGGAAUUAGUUUUGCUUACUUCCUAUACGAAUUUGUAGAUUGGUAGUAAAACAAUAAACUUCCAAAAAUUACAUCAUUACAAAGAUAAAUCAAUUAAGCUGAGAAUGUUUAUGUAGAUGGAGUAUUUGCUGAGGUAUCUCACCUUGCCUUUAAUGAGAACAAAAUUGAUCCAUUCGAUCCACAAAAUUUAAUUUUCUAUCCAAUCUUAACUACUUAAACUAAUAAUAAAGAUGAGAACUAAAUACUUAAAAGUAGAUUGGACAAUUCAGUCUAAGAAAAUGGACAUUCAAUUAACAAAUUUCUUCUAGAAAACACUAACUUUAUUGGUUCACCUCCAACGGCUUCUCAAAUUCAAUAUGUAGAUUAUCAGAUCCUUUUUGGGUUUUGUGAUCCAGAUGCUUUAGAUGUGGGAUAAUAAUGUGCUGAUAAGGACACGAUCUUAAAAUUUCAAGAACAACAGAACUUUUUCCAAAUUUAAAUCUAUAUUUAACAAUACGACACAAAAUAAAAGUAGCUUAUAAAAAUACCCAAAUUUUAUACUCUUGAUAUUUCAACUGAAAAAAUGUAAUACUGCUCAUUUAAUCUAUAAGCAAAUUAAAAUGAUGUUGAUGAUGGAUUUUUAUUUUCCAACUCAAAUCAGUAAAUUUUCUUCUCUGAUUUCGUUAUGUUUACUAAUUCCUAUGAAAUCUCAUAAAGUGAAAAGGUUUAUGGAUAACAGUCAGUUUUGGUUGCCUAUUUCACAAUAGAUCAAAUUAAAUCAGUUGUUUAUAUCGAAUAUCCUAAAAUAUCAGAAAUCCUUGCCAAUGCAGGAUCUAUAAUCACAUGGAUCCUUUAAAUAUCCUUUAUCUUCAUAAAAUACAAUGAAAUGAUAUGCACUCACAACGCCAGAAAAGAUGUCAUUUCUAUGUUUUAUGCCGACUAUGCUGAUUUCAAUAUAACCACUAAUUGGUUGGGUAAAAUGACAUAAAUAGGGUUAAAAGGAAAAAAUUAUAAUAUGAUGAAGGUUAAUUCAUUUUUUGAGAGUUUGCAUUAGAUUGCUGAUUAAAAAAUGAGUUACAUUAACUUAUAAUUUGAAGUCUCAAGAAUUUAAUUAAUCUUGCAAGAAUAUUUGGGAAUUGAUUAAAUGAAAAAAUGUUUAUAAUAAAAUCAUAAAUUGGAACCAAUACUGGAUAAAAUUGGACUACAUGAAUGUCCUUAGACAAAAAAGCCUCUUAAUUAAAUUUAACCUUAAGAUAUAUCGAAUGAUAACUUAAAGCGAUAAGAUUAAUCAGAAGGAGAAUUGAUGAUGUAUCAGGAGAAUAUACCAGAGGAAGAUUUAGAUUAACAUAUAGGAUUAUUUCUAAUGAAGGAAAAUGCUCAAUAUACCCAAAUUGAUAAUAAUCAAAGUAUGUUACCUCAAGCAGGAUCCUAAAUUGAUUUAAAAAUCAGAAACAUCGAAAAAUAGCCAUCUUCAAUAAGUUGA